AUGGAAAUAGAAAUAGGAAGAGAGGCAAUCAGAAGGAGCACGGAAUAUGCCAACAAAGGCCUUGGGGGAGUGUCUUUAAAGCCCUUCCGAAAUUACUUUGACAUAGACAAUACAUUUGUCUUAAAGAAGCUUGUGCUGAUUUUAUUUCCAUUCAACAACAAGGAGUGGGCAAGCGAAGAUGAAGGGAUGGCGAGGCCAGAGCUGUAUAUUCCGAUAAUGAGUUUUGUCUCGUACGUCUUGGUAAGAGCGCUUUUCCUCGGGUUCGAAGGCAUGUUUAGCCCAGAAAGGCUAGGAAUUGUGUUUACCAGACUGUUUUUCCUCGAAGCCAUGUGUGUGCUAUUCACAAGAGCAUCCGGAUACUUUUUUGAUGUGGCCCUAGGCACACUUGAUGUGAUAGCAUACAGCGGAUACAAGUAUGUCAUUGCUGUAAUCUUGCAGCUGAACAAGGUACAGUAUGUAAAGAUGAUCGUCGGUGUGUAUCUUUAUGUAAGCUUCUUUAUAUUUUUGAGUAGAAGCUUGAAGAGGCGUGUUAUGGAUAGAGGGGUCGAGAGGAUGAGAAGGGCAUACUACCUGUUCGGAAUAGUUAUCAUCCAAGAGUUUAUUGUAUUUUUACUGUCCUAA